UCGUGCUUGGUCUAUAUGAGUAAUUCUAAAAGGUAACCCCAAACAAAAUUCAAUUAAAUGGAGAAACGAAACACAUCCGCCAUGCAGGUGCUCUAUGCAGAGCUGGCAGCCGCAAAAGCCCGAAGUGCCCAGCUGGAGGAGGAAAACAUUCUGCUGCGCCAUCGCCUCAAUCGAGCCUCUUCCGACCACAGCACCAAUGCGGCCAUCAAUGUGGAGGCCAAGAUCUUGGCCUUCCAAAUGGAGGAGGAACGCGAUAGGGCUGUGGAAACAGUGCAGCAGCACAAGAAGAAGUACAACAAGUUGCACGAUGCCUACCUGGAGAAGGUGAAGCGUUGUCGGGCUCUGGAGGAGAUGUUUAAACGCCAGAAGACGCUCUCCGGUCUGGUGAUGAAGUCGGCCUUGGAUCAGAGGAAUGAAGAACAACGUUUAAUGAUGGAAAAGCGACAGUCCGCCCAAAGUGAAUUAAAUGAGUUGGAGCAACUCAAGGCCAAGGUGGAGAAGUUACAAAGAGCCCUAGAUGAGUCUUACGACAUUAUAGACGAAAUGGAUUUCGAAUUAGAGAGCGUGGAUCUUUUGGAGAUGCAAAACCAGAGCUUACGUGAGGAGUUGGCUGCUCUAAAGCUGGAAACCGAAGCCUCGGGAGUUUCUACGGAAGUUGUAGAGGAUGCCCCACCAAAGUACGAGGAACACGAUUUCUCCAAGUAUCGCAAGCGACUGAGCUCCUCCAGCAGCGAGUCCGUUCCAAAAGAUGAUGAUUCCGAUGCCCAGACCAUCGAAAGAUUGGCUCUCACUAAUAGUCUCAUUCAAACUGUGGAAACUGAGAGUAAUGCCCUGAGAAGAGAGCUACUUAGAUCCCGCUACCAAAGGACCAUUCGUGGCAAGCUGGAAGCGGAAGAACAGGAUCAGGACUAGUUUAGUAGAAUAGACCAAAAGAUAAACCCUCUCUAACAUAAGCUGAUGAAACCGUUCAUUAA